CUCUCUUCUUCUCUGAUGAAGUAUUGCAGAGAAAACUUAGACGAAUCCGCCAUAGCUCGCCACGCUGAAGUAUUUUCUGAUUGGAGCAUCAAGAAGCACAACAGGGUUCUACUUGUCUUUCUAAUUGCUCGAGUCUAAGAUUUCAAUAAUGGACAAGAGUUGGAUGAAAUUGGGCAGCACCGCUCAUGGUAGAACAAGUCAGCUUUAUUUCGAUGGAGUCAAUUCAUUUCUUGAAUAUGCAGCAGCUGUUGGUGAUCGGCAAGGUAAUAUUUUGUGCCCGUGUCGGAAAUGUGUGAACUGUCGCCGACAAAAUCUUCAAGAAGUGCACCUUCAUUUGUUUCAAUAUGGAAUUGUGCAAAGUUAUACUACUUGGCAUGAACACGGGGAACCACGUGUAUCAGAUACUGUGCAUCCUUGUGAAACGGGAAACUACGAGGUGGGGAAUCUCGACGGCAUCGAUGCCUUGGUGGAAGACAGAAUAAGAGCAGACUCAAUGGAUACGACCCAAAGAGAGGAAGUGCGAAACUUUGAUAAAUUCCAUGAUUGCCAUGUACUCAUACAACGAAUUCUUCCAAUUGGAAUGUGUGGAUUUGUGGAUAAGGAAAUUAGCAUAGCACUAUUUGAAUUAGGUACCUUUUUCCAAGAUUUGUGCUCUAGGACAGUGACACGAAGCAAACUUGAACAAUUAGAGGAGCGUGCGAUCCAUAUCUUGUGCAAGCUUGAGAAAAUAUUUCCUCCAGCCUUCUUUGAUGUGAUGGUCCACUUAAUCAUUCACUUGCCACGUGAGGCUAUUCUUGAAGGACCGGUGCACUAUCGGUGGAUGUACCCGAUUGAACGGUUUCUUGGAACUUUAAAAAACUUCGUUUCAAACCGAGCUCAACCAGAAGGUUCCAUUGUAGAGGCAUAUAUUGUCAAGGAGUGUUUAACUUUUUGCGCAAUGUAUCUUGAUGGGAUCGAAACUGUGCAUAAUCAACAUGAAAGGAAUGAAGAUUUGGGCGAUAGGCGCAAAGGCUUGACAGUGUUCACGGAAACAGCUCGUCCUAUUGGGCAAGUCACAAGGGAUGGUGAGAUGUCACAGGAGCUUCGUCAUAAGGCUCACUGGUUCUUGUUGUACAAUAGUCCUGAGGUGGAGAAGUAUUUAGAGGAGCACAAGAAUCAAUUACAAGUUUCAAGUGGGCAUGACAUAACACGUACACAACAGGAAGAAUUUCCUAAGUGGUUCAAAGAGAGAGUAAGAUAUUUUCCGAUUUCAUUGUGUGCUAAAUACUAUCAAGCUGUAUUAUAGCUGACCUUAUUAUUUUCAACUUGCAUGUGGUGGUAGUUAAAUGCACCGAGGGCUGAGGAGUCACCAGAGGCAACUGAUGAAUUAUGGUCGCUAGCUAAUGGUCCAAAUUUGCUAGUGAAAGAGCACUCAGGUUGCAUAAUUAAUGGUGUAAGGUUUCAUACUAGAGAACUAGAUGAUUGGCGAACGAGUCAGAAUAGUGGUUUGCUUGCAGAAGGGAACUAUGAUGGCAAAAUGCAUAACUUUUAUGGCCACGUGAGCAAAGUUUGGGAACUCGAUUAUAUGUGCCAGAAUAGUGUAAUAUUGUUUCAAUGUGAAUGGUAUAAUACAAACAAUACCGGUAGAAAUAGAACAAUACGAACUGACACAUAUUGCACUAGCAUUGAUGUUAUAAGUCGGUGGUAUCAAUCUGAUCCAUUUAUUCUGCCAAGUCAAGCAAAGCAAGUGUUUUACCUAAAAGAUACAAAAUGGGGUGAACCUUGGCAAGUUGUGGAACGGGUCCAACAAAGGGGUGUGUUUGAUGUACCAGAGGUGGGUAGUGGUGAAACAUUUCAUGCCCCAGAAUCUGGUGAUGCGUUCCAACAAGAGAACAUGGGAUCAGCUGUGCCAAUUGACAUUCAUGGCGAUAUCCGAUGUCAUAGGGAUGAUGUUGAUGCUGAGAUAAUUUCGGGGGU